UGAUUUGAUCUAUUCCUCGACUCCCUCCACCUCGAACGCAUCAGGUUGAAUCCCUUUUUUUGCGUCGUUGUGGGAAGUGAUUCCUGACGGGUCCCGGAGACCAAAGCCCGGCUGCCAAAUAGAGAGAGAGAGAGGGAGAGACAGAGGGGGGGAGAGAGGAAGUAGAUACAUGUAGCGCUGAGCUAUAAUUGAGCAGACUCGCUUGAUUCUCUUUCGCUCUCUCUGCUCUAAACAGUGUUAUUUCUUUUUCUUUUUAUUAUCCCCCGUUUCCAAGCAGAACAUGUGUGGAUGUGCAAAGUUUGUCAGUUGAUCAGUCUCUUGCCGAGAGCUGAAAAUGUGGGUUGGAAAAUCUUUAGCCUUUGAUCAGCUUGCUGCCCUGUACGUCUUGCUAUCGCUGCUGACAACUUGGGUGCAGGACUCGGACACAGCGGCUUGUCAUGGCUGCUCGGCGGGAUCAGGCUGUGACUGCAGUGGAGUGAAAGGUGACAAGGGUGUGAGAGGCCUACCGGGACUGGAAGGUCACAUAGGCUUGCCCGGGUUCCCAGGCCCUGAGGGUCCUCCUGGAACAAGAGGAAUUAAGGGUGACACCGGACCACAUGGGUUCCCAGGCCCCAAAGGACUACGAGGCCCUCCUGGGAUCCCUGGCUUUCCCGGCACUCCCGGUGUUCCAGGGUUACCGGGGCAGGAUGGUCCAUUAGGCCCACAUGGUAUACCCGGUUGUAACGGAACCAAGGGAGGUCGAGGCUAUCCUGGAGGAUCUGGCCAUCCCGGAUCAACUGGUGCUCCGGGUUCUGCUGGGAAUCCAGGGAUCAAGGGUGACCCAGGUGAGGCGAUAUCACCACGGUAUCUGACUCAGAAAGGAGAUCCAGGACCGCCCGGUCUACCAGGGUUACCGGGUCCCCAUGGUCCUUUAGGACCAUCAGGUCCAACAGGUCCAUUUGGCCCAGCAGGACAACCGGGUCAUCCUGGUCCUCCUGGCUCAGCUGGACAGAAGGGGAACAUGGGUUUGAAUUUCCAAGGACCUAAAGGGGAGAAGGGUGACCUCGGGCUCCAAGGUCCUCCCGGGCCCCCAGGACAGUUAGAACAGCUGAAUUCCCCCGGGAUAGACUUCCAGAAAGGAGAAAAGGGUGAAAAUGGAUAUCCUGGCACACCUGGUGUGAGAGGCUACCCUGGGACUCCUGGUCCUCCUGGUUUUGGCGGCAAUGGUGAGAAGGGUGAGCCGGGAGAACCAGGAAAGAGAGGUAAACCUGGUAAAGAUGGAGAAUCAGGCAACCCUGGAUUUGAUGGUAUCCCAGGAGGUCCUGGCCUUCCCGGGUCUUCUGGCAGAGAUGGAUCCAAGGGUACGAAAGGCAAUAAUGGUUUCCCAGGUCCACCUGGCACUGUUUUUCCAAGACCGGGAAUCAGCGUUGGACAGAAAGGUGAUCCGGGUUACCCUGGCACCCCUGGUUCAGCUGCAGAACGGGGCCCGAUAGGAUUUCCAGGCCCGCCAGGUCCCGUCGGCCCUCCAGGUCAAUCUGGUUUGGGUUCACCAGGAACUCCAGGUUUCCCGGGUGAAAGAGGUCAGAAAGGCGAUGAAGGUCGACCUGGAUUUUCACUUCCUGGUCCGUCAGGGCAACCUGGUCCUCCAGGUCCUCGUGGUCCUCCAGGAAAUCCGGGUUAUUUAACCGACCCCAGAGUUCCUCUCGGCACACAAUGCCGACCGGGUCAGCAGGGGUUGCCAGGGACACCAGGACCAGCGGGUUUUCCAGGCGAGAGUGGACUGAAAGGUGAUAAAGGAGACACUUGCACCAACUGCUUUGGUACGGGCUCUGCUUCUCCAGGCGUGCCAGGACCUCCAGGACCUCAUGGCAUUCCAGGUCAACCAGGAACGCCUGGACAGAAAGGAGAUAAAGGGAUGCCAGGUCCAAGUGGAAAUUUUGGACCUCCUGGAACGCCGGGCAGCCCGGGAACUCCAGGAGGCCCUGGCCCCAAAGGUGAUCGAGGAGGUGGCUUUGGUUUCCCUGGGACUAAAGGUGAUCGAGGUAGCUCUGGUUUCCCAGGGCCUGCAGGACUUCCAGGAUUAGAUGGCGGUCCAGGAAGAGAUGGGUCGAGAGGUGCACCGGGUUUAAAGGGCGAACCUGGAGGUUUAACCUUCAAAGGAGGAAGAGGUCCACCAGGUGAUCCAGGUCCAUUGGGAUUCCCAGGAGACAGGGGGCCACCAGGACCACCGGGAUUUGGCUCACCUGGGUAUUCAGGCCCAAAAGGCAUGCAAGGUGUUUCAGGUCGCCCAGGAGGACCUGGGGCUCCAGGUACUAAAGGCUCACCGGGUCAAACAGUAUCUGAACCUGGUCCACCUGGUCCUCCAGGGUCCACAGGUGAACCUGGCCCAUUGGGUCUCACAGGUGGCCCGGGUCAACCUGGACAAUCUGGUUCACCAGGUCUCCAUGGUCCAAAAGGUGACCCAGGAGCACCGGGUAUUGGAUUUCCUGGUGCAUCAGGUGGAAAAGGAUUGCCAGGAACGCCGGGUUUGCCAGGUUCUCCGGGAAAUUCAGGAAGACCAGGCCGCGAUGGCACAUCGGGCCAACCAGGCUUCCCAGGGUCAAAGGGUGAUCCCGGCUUUGGAGUUCCAGGAACACCAGGUACUCCUGGCUCUCCAGGGAAUGGUGGGCUGCCGGGACCUAAAGGUGAUUUGGGAUUUCCUGGAUUACCAGGUCAAUCAGGUCGCCCAGGAGCAGAUGGCACAUUAGGAUCUAAAGGCGAUCCGGGUUUCAACGGCCCUCCGGGUCCUCCUGGUCCACAAGGCACACCUGGAAGGAAUGGUCAAGGCCGCCCAGGUCCACAAGGCCCCCCUGGGUUGCCGGGGCAACCAGGUCCAAAAGGAUCACCAGGCCAGUUUGGUGACAAGGGAGACCCUGGUCCUCCAGGCUUGGAUAUUCCUGGCCCUGCUGGAGAUAAAGGACAUCCAGGGUUACCAGGCGGUUCAGGUCAACCAGGUCCCCGAGGUCCUCCAGGUCAACCGGCAAGAGAUGGGCACCCAGGUCCACCAGGUCCAAAGGGUGAUAUGGGUGUGAUGGGAACACCUGGUCCUGCUGGAGGCCCUGGUCCUCCUGGAGGCCCUGGCUUUCAAGGACCGAAAGGUAAUGAAGGAUUCCCAGGUGGUCCUGGAGGUCCAGGUGGCAGUGGAGCUAAAGGCGGUAAAGGUGAUUUUGGAUUGCCAGGUCUUCCAGGAGACUUUCAACCAGGACUGAAAGGAGAGCCCGGAUUUCCAGGGUCACCUGGACUGCCAGGUCCAAAGGGUUUCUCGGGUUUACCUGGCAAUUCAGGAGGACCAGGACAAGAUGGUUUGCCAGGUUUACCAGGAGGUUCAGGCAUCAAAGGAGAUCCCGGGCUCCCAGGACAACCUGGAUCUGAAGGAAGACCAGGACCAAAAGGACCAAUGGGCGAAAUGGGUUUCCCAGGUCCACUGGGCGGCAAAGGUACUCCAGGGGGUCCUGGACGCCCUGGUCAGCCCGGCUCCUCCGGACCCCCUGGAUACAGAGGUGAGAAGGGCGACUCAGGUGGACAACUCACUGGAUUCCCAGGCCUUCCCGGACUAAAGGGUGACAGCGGUCCUCCUGGUUUGCCAGGAUCCCACGGAAUGAAGGGAACUCCAGGUACACCUGGAUUUCCUGGAGUACCUGGUUCAGCUGGUCAUAAAGGUGAUCCCGGUCAGUCAGGAUUCCCAGGUACUCCUGGAAUUCCUGGUCCAAAGGGUGGCGGUGGUUUUCCGGGUCCUCCUGGUCUUGUUGGACUUCCUGGUCCUCCAGGUGACGUAAGUCGCCCUGGGCCUCCAGGUCCAUCGGGAGAGAAAGGACAACCUGGCCGUGAUGGGAUUCCUGGCCCAGCUGGUCUGAAGGGAGAUCCAGGUUCGCCGGGUCAUGGCGCCCCAGGUUCCCCUGGUCUUUCAGGAAUCCCAGGAUCAAAAGGAGAUCCAGGUACUUCAGGUAUCCCGGGUACUCCUGGAGCACCAGGUCUGAAAGGUGACCCUGGUUUCCCUGGGUUUGGAGGACAGCAAGGCCCACCAGGUCCACCUGGACAACCAGGACACACAUUGGAAGGCCGAAAAGGUGUACCAGGAACUCCAGGCCAGCCGGGCCGACCAGGCUCUCCAGGUUCAGUUGGUCGCCCAGGUGCUCCAGGACUAGGGGGCAUUAAAGGAGAUAAGGGCACCCCUGGUCUUCCAGGAGGCCCAGGAUUUCCAGGACCAAAAGGAGACAAUGGUUUACCAGGAUCACCAGGCAACCCAGGAUCAUCAGGGUAUAAUGGACCAAAAGGAGACCCUGGUUCCCCAGGUCUUCCAGGAUUUCCAGGGGUGAAAGGAACUCCCGGAUCUUAUGGAUUGAAGGGACAUCCAGGUCAAGUUGGUCCACCUGGUAAUCCAGGUCGGCCUGGUCCACCAACUGAUAUACAGGUCUUUAAAGGAGAUGCAGGUUUUCCAGGAAGACCAGGUUCUAAUGGUAUUGAAGGAUCAAAAGGCUUACCUGGUCUGCCAGGACCUCCAGGUCCUUUGGGACCACCUGGUGAUCCCGGACAGGAUGGUCUUCCUGGAUUUAAUGGACCAAGUGGACAAAAGGGCACGCCCGGCCCUUUAGGGGAACCAGGCGGGGUGGGUUUUCCUGGACCUCCUGGCCCGGAUGGAACCCGUGGACCACCAGGUCCUCCUGGAUCUGGAUCCUCAGCUCAUGGAUUCUUGAUUACUCGACAUAGCCAGUCAACUGAGGUGCCACUUUGUCCUUCGGGAACUUCUGCCAUCUAUGAUGGGUACUCACUGCUCUAUGUACAAGGCAACGAGAGGGCACACGGGCAAGAUUUAGGUACGGCGGGGAGCUGCCUGCGGCGUUUCAGCACAAUGCCAUUUAUGUUCUGUAACGUCAACAAUGUCUGUAACUUUGCCUCGAGGAACGACUACUCCUACUGGCUCUCAACCCCUCAGCCAAUGCCAAUGACCAUGGCCCCAGUAAAUGGGGAGAGCAUUCGCUCCUUCAUCAGCAGGUGCUCUGUAUGUGAGACUCCAGCAAUGGUGAUAGCUGUUCAUAGCCAAACAAUUCAGAUUCCAGUCUGUCCAGAGGGUUGGGCCUCACUGUGGAUUGGUUACUCCUUCAUGAUGCACACAAGUGCUGGUGCUGAAGGAUCUGGCCAAGCGCUCGCAUCUCCUGGUUCCUGCCUGGAAGAAUUCCGAUCUGCGCCAUUCAUUGAAUGCCACGGCAGAGGGACUUGUAACUAUUAUGCCAACUCGUACAGUUUCUGGCUAGCCACAGUUGAACCAUCGGAGAUGUUCAGUAAACCACAGUCUGAGACUCUGAAAGCUGGAGAGCUCCGAACACGUGUCAGCCGUUGUCAAGUGUGUAUGAAGAGGACGUAAUGCAUUGGCUGUCGGCAGUGAGGCAUCGGCCAAGAUCGAGUGAGAAGAAGGAAAACAGCUCAAUAAAUAAAAACUGUAGGGCGCUUUGUCUUCCAUUUACAAUGGUGCUAUUGUGCAAAGCAAAAACAAACGCAAAAACAAAAAAAACUGUACACGCAUAAUAUUCGUUUGUACGUACCUCAUGUAAAGAGCAUUCAGUGCAUUUUGGAAAGGAGUGUGUGAGAAACUGAGCAUUGUGGAACAAGGAACAGUGGUGCCUCCAGUUCUUCUGUUUCAGGGUGAUCUCCAUACGGCACUUUCUGUCAAUGUUAGAGUAAUGGACUGAAACAUAACAAUGCGAUGGCUUACAUCUUUUUAUUUUUGUUCGUUUGUUUUUGAGGCAUUUUUUCCAUGGUGCUACUAACCCACUACUGCAUCCCAGGUUCUUAAAUAUUAAUAAUUAAUAAUCAACUGGUUAUUUCCUUGGUGUUUUUAUGUAAGUACUGAAAAUGUGUAUAUGAUGUAUCCAGGCUGUUUAACACUUGAAGAAUCUCGCCAUUUCAUUUACCACCAAUAGUAUCAAUUUUGCUUCACAUAUCACUCGCUGAGUUAACAUUUUUCCCUCUGUCUUGUUAAAAGUAGCAGAAUUGACUAAAUAAAUUGCAAUAUUUUAUACUAUUGGAAUCACUUUAUGGGAUAUCCCGUUCUACUACCAAACUACUGAUUGGAAUUGGAAGAUAGUCCCUUUUCCUACCCUAAUUCCUUCCACUAAAAAAAUUAUACACAUCACUUUUCAAUUAAUAAAAGGAUUUUAUGACAUUGUAAAAAGUUGUAGUUAUUGUUUUCUUCAGGGGUUUUUAAAAUGCAAAGAUAUACACCUUACUACAUAAUUACAGCUUUCCAAAGGGGCCUUCAUUGUUAAAUAUAACUGUCUUUUUGUAUUGUCUUAACUAUGUAAAAUGAUUAGCCAUAAGAAGUACUUGUGAAGAGAGAUCAAACUGUUUAUAAACUAUUUUCUAUCAAUCCAGAUCCUCCAUCGCUAAUUUUCUUCUUUACUCCACUGUUGUUGUACCCCAGAGCAAACAUAGAAGUCACCAAAGGUUCACAUAUUUCACUUCAGCAAAGAGGUAUCUCUCUCCAAAAGUGUUCCUUCUUGUAUAAUUUCAAGGACAGGUGCAAACAACUUAUUAAAACAAAAGAAAAAAUAUUUAAAAAAAAGCUGAAAUAAAGGAAACACUGACUU